AAGGUACCCAGCAGCCGAGGGGGUCUGUCACUCUCCUGUAGGUGGGUGGGCCACACAGGUGAUUCUGCAGUCCCUCCAUUUGGGUGAGAUCAAGGGCAGUGUUGGCUUUGAGAAGGACUCAGUCUCUGGAGCCAUCAGGGGCAGAGUUAUAUUUCACCCAGGAUGGAGGAUAUUCUGUGUUGAGAUUGGCAGUUGUCAGAGUUGAUCCAAAUGAGGGUCAGGAUCCCAGGAGGGUCAGGGUGGGCCAGUGCGAGCGAGCCGGGAAAGUCUGGCAGGGUCUAAGCCAACCCCUUCCUGUCCCUCUCCCUCAUUAUAAGCAUCUUCAGUGUCUCUCUUAGUCUGAGACCCCGCCUCCUGAGAUUCCGAGGCGGGGCCAUGCCCAAGUGCCCGCCCUCUAUGCAAAUGAUUCAUCCCGUCCAAUCAGCUCCCGGGGGCGGGGCCGCGGCUCGGAAGGCACCUGUGGCCGCGGGACGCUGGUCACUCUGUGCCGCCGCUGCAGAUCCGUGCACACGCGCCCGAGGGUCCAGGCGAAGCAGGCCAAGGUUGCUCUGCCCAGCCCAGGACCAUGGGGAGGAAAAAAAUCCAGAUCUCACGCAUUCUGGACCAACGGAAUCGUCAAGUGACUUUUACCAAAAGGAAGUUUGGGCUGAUGAAGAAGGCCUACGAGCUGAGCGUGCUCUGCGACUGUGAGAUCGCGCUCAUCAUCUUCAACAGCGCCAACCGCCUCUUCCAGUACGCCAGCACGGACAUGGACCGGGUGCUCCUGAAGUACACCGAGUACAGCGAACCGCACGAGAGCCGCACCAACACCGACAUCCUCGAGACACUGAAGCGGAGGGGUGUGGGCCUUGAUGGGCCCGAGCUGGAGCCAGACGAGGGGCCUGAGGGCCCGGGAGAGAAGCUGCGGAGGCUGGCAGGUGACGGGGGUGAGCCAGCCUUGCCCCGGCCCCGGCUCUAUCCAGCAGCCCCCACGAUGCCCAGCCCAGACAUGGUGUACGGGGCCCUGCCCCCACCAGGCUGUGACCCCAGUGGGCUCGGGGAAGCCCUGCCCGCCCAGAGCCGCCCGUCCCCCUUCAGGCCAGCAGCCCCCAAAGCUGGGCCCCCGGGCCUGGCCCAUCCUCUCUUCUCACCGAGCCACCUGGCCAGCAAGACCCCGCCGCCCCUGUACCUGGCAGCGGACGGGAGGAGGCCAGACCUGCCUGGCGGCCUGGCAGGGGCCCGCGGGGCACUGAGCACUUCCAGAGGCCUCUACGGCAGCCUGCAGAGUCCAUGCUCCGGGGCAGCUCCAGGACCCUUCCCUUUCCUCCCCGCGGGCCCCCCAGAAUAUGGCCUGGGAGACCCCCCUCCGCCUCCCGGCUUGCUGCAGCCCCCUUCCCUGGCCCCCUGGCAGCCCUCGAGGGGUGACGGGCCCCUGGCCGGCCUUGCCCAGCCCAGUGGGGGCCGAAGCCUGGGCGAAGAGGGUCCUCCAGCCCGCGGCGCCUCCCCGCUGACCCCCCACGUCAGCAUCAAGUCCGAACGCCUCUCGCCCGCGCCCGGCGGCCCCGGCGACUUCUCCAAGGCCUUCCCCUUCCCGCUGCUCCUGGCGCGGCCCGGGCCCCCGCUGCGCCGGCUCCCCGCGGCCGACGGCUGGCCCCGGUAGUGGCCCCGGUAGUGGCCCCGGUAGUGGCCCCGGUAGUGGCCCCGGUAGUGGCCCGGGGUGGGGCUGGCCUCGACCCCGCACCAGGCCGGGCGAGGGCACUGGACUCCCAGCCCGCUCCGGUGUCCUUAGAGAAGACCAACGAUGUGACUCCCCUCCGGGUGUCCUGGAGGAGGAAGGCUGGGCUGGGUCCAUGGUCCGGGCUCUGUCGCCCCUUUCUGAGUGUGUACCCACCAAUAAAGCACGUGGCUCCGUGGAUGA